AAGCGUCCGGGCGAAGGAAGGGAGGAGUCGCGCUUGGCCCCCCCUGUGUUUGUUUUUCCACCGGCCCCCCAGGUGCAAACGAGACGGAGAGCAGGAAAGCCCUGGCCUGGCCCAGCGGGCGGAUAAAUGUUUUUCGGGGGCCGGAUCUGGCCCUUGGGGCGUAGUUUGGGGACCCCUGGGCUAGAUCAAUCAUGGCGGGGACUUUUCCUGAGCUCUCAGGCAUGCCUCAAGGCAAGAUAACCACUAAAGAGCAUCGAUCCGAUCCCCCCUGAGAAUGCUAAGAGUUUUUACAACUAAAUGCCAAAUAUCGCGAGAAUACGGAACGCGGAACUCAUGGUAGUGAGGUCCUGUGUCCUAGCAACGGGCUGGGAUUUUCUCCUGGUCUGUUAUGGAUGCCAGGGAAAGUCAACCGCCGCGCCAGCGAUGCGCCUUGACCAACCUUAAGCAUCAAGCUGCAGAAUAUUACCGGAACAAUGAAGUUCCGCAGCGGCUGGAGGAGGUGCUCAACACUAUGUUUUACCUCCGCCCGCCAGAUUUCUAUGGGCACCUGGCAAAUUACUUCUCCAAAUUAUCAAAACCUCCAGUGAUAAGCAGAAUAGUUGGGAGAAAGGUGAUUGAUGGGACUGGUCAUCCAACAUUAGAAGUGAAAGUGUCUUGCCGGAUUAUGAACUAUGAUAAGAGCAUUUGUUCCAGCAUAAUCUCUUCUCAUGCUGAAAUUCUUGAAAACGCUUCCUCAGAAGCAGUGGAUGCUGAUGAAAAGGAAAGACAUGAAUCAGUAAAUAUAGCAAUUGAAUGGAUAAAUGCAUCAUUGGAUGAACUGCUCAAUGGCCUUCAACCUACUGAUCAGAACAAAGUUGAUGAGCUGCUAGGAGAAUAUUUCAGAAAGAAAGCAGAAGAAGAAAAAGAGGAAGAAAAAAUAAGGGAAGUGGAAAAGGAAAAAGAGAAAGAGAAAGAACCCCAGGAAGUAGUGUUUCCUCCUUCUACACCUGUCACAGGACCUUCUGGAAAAAAGAAACAAGCAAAACAAGGGAAAAGGAUAUCUGUUGUGGAGAAUACAGUCCCCCCAGAAGAACCUGCUGAACCAGUAAUUAAGGGUAGCAUGGCUAUUGGGUGUAUAUCUCUUGCUGUUGCGAAGGCUGCUGCAACUACUAGUGACAUGCCUUUGUACUUGCAGAUUGCUUCAAUCAAACACAAUCAGGAUCUGCCUAAGGAACUGAUUAUGCCCUUGCCAAUGAUAACACUUUUGAGUUCUGGAAAAUCAUCACCUGGAAAACUAAAUCUAAUGAAAGAAGUGAUGUUUAUACCUCCAGCCUGGUUAACAGUUAAACAAGGUGUAGAAAGGUCUUUGGAUAUUCACAAGCAAAUAAUGAAGUUGCUGGAACCAAUGUGUAAAGGGCAACCUAGUCCUUCAACAGAAAGUAAAAAGUCUGCUGUACGAGAUGCAGGGAAAAAAGCUCCUCCUCCUGUUACUAAAAGAUCCUCUCAUUUAGGCUGCAUAGUAACAGGGAAUGAUACUCUUGAACAACCACUGACUUUGAUUCAAAUGGCUUGCACAAACAUUGGCUUGGAAUUAGGAACAGAUCUGUACUUGGGAAUAAAUUGCGCUGCUCAUGAACUAAUGGACUAUAAUAAGGGAAAAUACGAUGUGUUGUUUGGAACACUCAAGAACCCUGAUGAAAUGGUGGAUAUGUAUGUGAACCUAAUUAAUAAAUUCCCCUCUAUUGUAGCUUUAAUUGAUCCUUUGAGGAAAGAGGACGCCCAACAGUGGGAGAAUUUAUGUAGUAAUCUGGGAUCAAAAUGCUACCUUUUCGCAGAACAUGCAUGCAGGAGUAUAUCUAAACAUCUAGAUGGCCAAAAGAAGAAUGUACCAAAAUGCAGUGGUCUUGUUGUUAAAUACAACAAUGAAACUAAAAUUUCUGACCUUUUAGAAACGACCAAGCUUUUAGAUGGUCUGAAAUAUGUUUCUGUAUUCGGAAGCUCAGAUGGAGAGUCUUCUGAUGACAGUCUUGUGGACCUUGCUGUUGGACUUGGAACCAGGUUUAUCAAGUUGGGGGGUCUCUCACGUGGUGAGAGGGUGACCAAAUACAACCGCCUUCUUGCUAUAGAGGAAGAACUGGGCAAGAAUGGAAUACUAUGUGCACGAGAUGAAUACGAAUUUAUUGAUUUUAUUGAAGAUGAACAAGAAGAGGAGGAGGAAGAAUUUGACUGCAGUGACUUGGCUGUGGAGAUAGCAUAGUGUACUCUGUAGAAAGUUAUGCUUCACUUUUGUUGGCUCAAUUAUUCACUUGGGAACAUAUUACAUUUCCCCUAGGCUACUGAAAUAGAACAGAGAUGAGAUCUGUCUCAUCACCCUUGGAAAUACAUAACAGUAGUCACAUGGAAUACUUGAAUAUACUGGCAACAGAUGUUAUGAAUUUAUGGCUAGAAAUCUAUUUCUGAAUGUGGGGGUUCAACAAAACUCCAGUGAACUUUAACACAAUGCUUCAUUGUAAUAAUAACCAUAAUAAAUAUUCUUGAUGCUUCUUUUUAAA